AUGAAGAACAUAUCCGAACGGACAGUAAUAAUUGCGGGAGGAGGUAUAUCCGGCCUUUCCCUCGCCAGUAUGCUAGAAAGGGCGGGCAUACGCUACGUCUUAUUGGAAUCUCAUGACAAAAUCGCACCUCAGGUUGGUGCAAGUAUUGGUCUUCAGUCAAGCGGACUCCGGAUCCUUGAUCAACUUGGUUGCGCCGAUGAGCUUAUGUCAUUAGUCGACAUCCCACUAAAUAAUACCUAUAUACGAUACCCCGAUGGUUCAGUGAUCAGGCAUCAUAGCAGUGUCCAAGAUCAUUUGAUUGAGAGACACGGCUAUCCCACUAUCUUUAUCGACAGGCAAAUGCUGAUGCAGGUUCUCUACGAUAAGCUCGAAUCAAAAGCCUCAGUAUACCCUGGGCAGAAAGUAGUUUCAGUUCUGGAGCUACAUAACGGCAUCCAAGUUACGACAGAUAAGGGGAGGGUUUUUGAAGGAGACAUCCUAGUUGGGGCCGAUGGGAUUUACAGUACUGUUCGAAAGGAAAUGUGGUGCAUCGCGAAUGAGACAUCACCCAGAUACUUUCCUGCUGACGAGUGGUCAAGCGUACCUUGCUAUUACAAGUGCAUCUUCGGCAUCUCACGUCCCAUCGAGGAGCUUGCGAAGGGUAGUCACUAUGUAUACAACGGCAACUUCUCCUACCUAGUUUUGGUUGGACCCGGUGGAAAGUUUUACUGGUUUCUCUUCGUCAAAUUGCCUUUUACUUUGUACGGCCAUGAUAUUCCGAGGUAUACAAAGGCCGACGAAGAGAAUCUGGCUCUGCAACAUGCUUCCGAUCAGAUCACAACCCAGGUUACCUUUGGUCAACUUUAUGCAGCAAGAACUAGCUCUACUCUGACACCACUCCAUGAAUACGUAUUCGAAAAGUGGCAUUACAAACGCAUCAUUACCAUCGGCGAUGCGGCUCACAAGUUUGAGCCUCUGACUGGUCACGGCGGUAAUUCUGCCAUUGAGACUGCCGCAUCUCUUGUGAACCACUUGAUGUCAGACGAGUGCGCAGACUGGAGCAAUGCACAGAUCGAAGCUGCCUUCACCGCCGUACAGGAUGAACGUUUCGAGAGGGUACAGUGGCUCGUCAACGAUGCCCACAAGACGCAGCAAAUGCAGGCUAUGGCAACACCUUUCCUAGCAACUAUUGGUCCAAUCUUGGCUCGUCUAACAAACACACAAACUGUACUUCAACUAGGCGCUCGCAAAAUCAUUGGGGCAACACGGAUCAAGGGAAUUCCUGUACCUCAACGAGAACACACAAUCCCAUUCAACGAUGAGCUACCUUGUCGUCCUCUUUCUUGGAGCUGGCUUCCCAUAGGUCUAGGGGUACUAAGUCAGGCAGCGUUAUUCCGCCUCGCGACUCAGAUUCUUGGACCAUUUAAGAUUCCUACCACUUUCGGCGGCGAGUCUCUAGUGAAGUAUUACACAGGGUUUAAAAUCGUGGAUAAGAUCUUGAAAAACUUGGUUGCUGUUUUUGGAGUUCCUCUUGCUUCGAAUAACAUGGCGGCGAACCUGCAGUGGGUUUCUUUCACGCCGCUGUUGUUCUCGACUACACUUGACUGGACCUUGGAGAGUUACCGCGUCGGUUCGAAAGGUCUCAUAACUUCCUUUUCGUCGAUUUUCAGCACUAUCUACCAAGUGAAGGCGGUCGGACGUAUUGCACCUUUGUACCAUUUAAUUUCAGUGUGCGAGCAUAUCUUCGGGGGUUUCAUCAGCUCGAUUAGCGAUCAUUUGGUUGAAAAGGAAGUCGUCGAAUCGUUUGUGCCUAGCAUCACCCUCGGAUAUAUCAUACCCACUGCGUUGAUGCUCUGGCCCUUCAAGAACAAGGCCGCUUGGCAGAGGUUUACUGCGCUUUGGCAGCCAUUCCCUGUUUACGUCGGUCUCAUGACUUCCGGUCUCUCGACAAUUCUAAGCAGACACCGGGCCAGAAACGCAGCAACUCAGACUCGGCUGAAAACCUCGAAAGAGAGUUGCGGCCCCAGGAAGCGAAAGGCCGAAACCCAUUCGCUACUGAGAUCUGUUUACGCGGUGGGAACUGCAGCUACAGCACUUGUCCAUUUCUAUACACUUUACCGCACAGCAUCAAGUCCACACCUCAGCUUUUCGGGUGUUUUCGGUAGUAUCAGAUACUUAGUGUCUAUUUCUACCGGACUCUUGAUCUGCGACGCUUAG